AUGGUUCAUGGACCAACACUGCCGGUACAGUGUCGGUUAGUCAUGCCUAAUGGCGUCGGAUGGACAGUCGGACUCGUUCGUAUGGAAAACGGGACUCGUUUUCAGAUCGGUUGGAGAGAGUUCGUUGAUGACAACAUCUUCAAACAUGGGGACUUUAUGACGAUUUCCUUAGUUGAUGUGGGCACAUUCCACAUCAAAAGAUACGACGUCAGCACGGGAGUUCCACCUCUAACCGACGACUACGUGUACGCCCCUAACGACAAUGUUCCAACGACGUUCGUUGCAACGAUAGACGAUUACCAACCUAGCUACUCAGACACCGAUUCAUCAGACGAUUCUGGAUAUGAAGAUGACCACGACGCGCUGGACUUGGAUGGACGCCCAACAUUUACUGUUACGGUCACGGCAUCACACAUUGCCCGCACUUUUGAGGUACCGUACGGAUUCUAG